AUGAAGUACGUACCCCCCCACAUGAGGGCCCAAACGGAGGCCAAGGAAAAAAAAGAAGCAGAAGCGGAGAAGCUGGAACAGUUAAAGGAAAAGAUCGAAAACUUGAAGGAGGAAAAAGACAUUGACAGUGACAGCUCAACGGAAGGAGACGACUUCGAAAUUGUGCUCAACAGUGUCGUCAUCAGUCAGAUAGCAAAGAACAAAGACCUGAGAGGAGAGUUGCUAGGAUAUUACAUAAAAAAUAAUGACUCAAUAAAAAAAAAAAAAAAAAAAAGGGAAAAAGUGGAAAUAACGAGGAAGAAGAAGAUGGAGCGGGAGGAACAGGAAGAUGAUGAAGAUGAUGACGAUGACGAAGAUGAUGACGAUGAUGAAGAAGAUGACGACAAUGACGAUAAUGAUGAGAAGAAAAGGGGAAAAAAAAAAAAAGAUACAACAAAGGAUAAGAAAAAGAAUAAAAAAAAUGACCCAAAAAAAUUAAACGUUGUAGAAAUUAACCAAUCCUUUUGUGUGUGCAACAUUGAAGAUAUCUGCAUUGAUAAAAUCUCAAAGAUGACCAAUAAGUAUCAGAUUACAAAGCAAAGACAGACCGAGUUGCUAAAUAAUUUAGUGUUAUAUUUUAAUAAAAAUAAAUAUGAAGAAGAGGGAGAAAAAUAUAUAAGUGAAGUGAACACGUAUUAUGAGGAUUAUGUGAACAUUAUGGCCGAGCUGAACUUCGAUACAACGUCCUUCGGAUUUUACAUCAACAUUUGUGACAUUAAGAAGAAGGAAGUGUUGGCCACACUGCUGCUGUCCUCCCUAAUUAACAAAAACUCCUUUGUCCUUUGCUUUGGUGAAAAAUAUGGGAAAUUAAUCUUUUCUGCGUACAAAAUAGACGUGGAUGUGGUAUUCGAAAUUAAGAACCAAAUAAAAAAUGCGACAUUUAAUCAGUUUAAUGAUAUCCUGAAUGUUGAAUUGAAGAAGAAGGGACUGAACAGUAAAACGAUCCUGCAGAAAAUCCCCCUUCGUAUAAAGAACUCCAUUAUAAAUUCCCUCUUUUUGAAGGUACUUAAAAAUAAAAACAAGAAUUUUGUCUCCUCUAUGGAUUAUCUGAAUGCACAGGAGGUGGACUCUCUGGAGAGUUACAUCCACGAUACGUGCAAAUCGCUGGAAUUGCUAAAAACGGAACAGGACAAAAUGAUAAAAUAUAAGAAGGAUGUCUUCAAACAACUGCAGACGCAAAAAAUUUAUCAGGAAAAGAGAAAACUCGAGAAGGAGAAGAAUAAAAUUGAACACGAAAAUCAGGAGACAAAUGAGGAAGAUAUUAAUAUGAAGAAUAUUUUUAAGAGCAUCCCGCAGCCCUCCUUGCUCUUCCCCUACGUCCUGACAAUGAGCAAUAACUUGCUGAAUGAUAACAUCAACAAUUUGUGUAGCCAUGCAAUUGCCAAGUCUUACUUGUACUACAAGAAUGCGAAGCCAUGA